UUAAUAAUAUUUCGUUCUUACAAACAACUCUUUCUCUCUCCCCGGCUCUCCGUCUCUCUUGAUUCUAUUAGGUCAUAAAUACACCACGCAUUGUACAACGCCAAGAAUUUUAUGGUACAAAAAUAACUGAGCUAUCAAUCUUUGUUCUGAAUAAAUGGCACUUUUUUGCGCGUUUAUUAGUAGGACGGCGUCAAGUUGCAAGAUACAAUGUACCUAAGGGAUUAUCGUUAGUUUCCCAUGAUUAAUGGCUAUCUCUCGCAUUUAAGAGAAGUAACUAGAUUAAUUGUAAAAGAAAAUAAAAUCCGUAACAUUGGUAGCGACUAUGUAGAUGGAAUCGUAUCAGCCAAACAAAAGUUACAUUAUUUUUUUAGUUAGAUAAAUCUCACCUCCCUAAAGCUGACGUGUUCUCAGGUUCUUGCAGCAAAAAUAUAAAUGAAGGAAUACAAAAAUACACAAGCUUUUUCUUCAACGACAUUCACAUUUGCAAAAAGUGGCAUGGGACUUUAGAUGAAAUGACACAGCCGAGCUGAAACAAGCGCUAUGGUCGCUACUAGCGUACCCUCGCCAACAUGGCCGAAGAAGAAAAACUGCCGAUACCCCCCACAUUUCUCGAGAAGCUACUGUUCUACACUACAGCAACAUUUGUAUUACUUGCCACCUUCAGCCUAUUUGCCUUCUUAUUCUUAGUCCCCUUCGUGAUAGAGCCUGCAUUUACCACUAUAUUCAUGCAAUUCGAUCCAGUGGGGGCAUUAUGCGUCACCGCCCAAGUGAAGCACUUGGUGGGCGCCAGUAACUGCACUUGGGCAUCAUGCAGAGAAGGAUGCACCAAGGAUCUUUAUGAGUGCACGCAGAUCAGAGUUAACUACAAACUUGGAAACGCGACUAAUUUAACUGACUCCGAAUAUGAGAAUCUUGUGAGGGAGGAGCGGUCUCUAAGAAAGGACUACGAUUAUAACUACGAGAUAUCGGCAGAUAAAACAUAUUCUGAGAUGGAGGAGCCGGAUCUACCCGAAGCGUUACCGACUGGUUUGCAAGGAAAUGAUUCAGAAUGGUACUUUACUGGAGCUCGCCUCUUCCCGAACGUGAAAGGCUGUGGUUAUCCUCCUAUUUUGAAUUGCACAAUAUUUCUUGGCAAGUAUCGAGCUCUAGGCACUAACUACACUUGCUACUACAGUCGCGUUGAUCCCGGCUUAGUCAUCACAGAUUUGGAUAUGUGGCAAAAUACCCUAAAUCUGGUGUACGCAAUGGCGAUACCGAUUCCAUCCUUUAUUAUUUCUGUCAUUUACUUGACAUUUGCUUACUUUAAAAUCUAUAAUACCGAGGAGGAGUCUGAACAGGCUCCGUUACAGAGUGACGCAGAAGGCAUGGCGACGGGAGACGACGAGAAGCCGACCACGCCAGGAUCGGACACAUUUAGAGAAGAUCUAGCUUGCUUCGGACACCAGCUAAAGAUGCAAUUGGCGAAUGAGAAGCCUAAAGAAGGCUUCGAAUCCAAUAGUCCACCGAUUUCCAAUUCGGCCUCGUUAUCUGGGACCAAGUCAUCGUUCGUGAACGCCUAAUGUGACACUUACCAGCUUUAGAGAGAUGACAGGACUCCUGAAGAGGCGGCAUCGGCUAUAAAGUGCAUCACGAAAAUAUAACGUGAAGAAUAAACAUUUAGGAAGAAAUUGUGCUCGAUAUGUGAUUUUGUAAAAAAAAUAGCAGUUUCCAUUCUCAAUGAUAAAAUUGUUGCGUAACAAAGCAGAGACGAUGGGAGCGAUACAACAGGAGUGGGCGAAAGAAAUUUUUAUAACGCGUUGUGAAAAUAAAAAGAAAUGUUUCGUGACAGUGUUUUUCAUUUUAAAUAAUAAUUUUCAUAGCAAUAUAAUCAAGAGAACAUAAACUUUAAUACUAAUGUUACCUGUAUAAAGUCGUUAUAUAAAUAUAAAC